UAGACGGAAGGGGCGGAGCCGGAAGCAGAAGCGGGACGCGGAGCCUGCAGCGUCCCAGUUGCCAUGGAACCUGAGAGCAUGGAAGAGCAGCAAACCGCAGUUUCUCGGGCCGUUUUGUCCCCGGAGACAGUGUGGGAGUCUACCCAGCACCGGGCCGAGUCCAGAAGCCCCAGCUCGGCCGCCAGGAGGUCCUCCUUGCUGCCCUCGCUCGCCUUCACCGAUGGUUGCCAGUACGGCUUCCCCACUCGGUCCCUCCGCGCUGGGUUCCAAGCGAUCCCCCCACUCCCAGAGCCGCAGAUGCUGAGUCUGCGCCCCGCGUCGCUGCGCACGCAGGACAUCUCACACCUGCUUGCCCGCGUCUUCCGAAACUUGUACACGGCCCAGGUGAUCGGGGAUGACUUGAGUAACAGCUUGAUCAAGGCCCGCGGCAGUGAGGAUGCGCGCCACGAGGAGUUCUUGGACCAGCUGCAGCAGGCUCGAGCACUCUACAAGCAGCGUCUGAGUGAGGUUUCCAUGUUGGAGAGACACAUCAUCCAGGCUCGUGCACGGGACCUCGCAGAAACAGAGCAUGCUACCAAACGUGACAGACUUCAUGUCCUCGAGGCCCCCGUCAAGCUGCCCCCAGUGAAGACAGUCUUCAGGUGGUGCAUAGACAGCGAGCUGCUGCAGAGACAUCACUUAAUCUGCCCAGAGGAUUACUACAACGAUCCCGUGCCAUUUUGCUCAGCGCCCAAAGGGUCCUCCAUCCCUGGAUGUUCAAAACUGACCUUUAGUUGUGAGAAGCGUCUCAUGCGCACGGCAGACCUGGACAGGGCGGCUGAGCAAAGCUGCAGGAAGCUGGUCCCGUUUGACGAGUUUGAGUACACCACAGACAGCUUGACCUCCGUUUGUAAGGCCAGACAAGGGACCAAAGACACAGUCAAGAAGGCAAGUACACCAAACAACAGGAAGUGGACGAAACACCUACGGGUGCCGCAGCGGCAAGCGGAGAGACUGCUUCUUGCCAGGAUGGAGAAUCGGAAUCAUUUCUUGAAAAACCCUCGGUUUUUCCCGCCUAACACACCACAUGGAGGCAAGUCUCUAAUUGUCCCUUCAAGGAAGCCCGCAAGACAAGAAGGAUGCCUGAGUGCAGAGCCAGAGUGGAGCUGUACAGAUGCCCCCGUGUUCCUGGCGAAGCCAUCGGUUGGAUUUUUCACAGAUUAUGAGAUUGGACCAGUUUAUGAGAUGGCCAUCGCUCUGCAGAACACCACCGCGACCAGCCGACACCUGCGAGUCUUACCACCGUCCUCGCCAUACUUUGCUCUUGGGCUUGGGAUGUUCCCAGGAAAAGGCGGGAUGGUGGCUCCUGGGAUGACCUGCCAGUACGUUGUCCAGUUCAUCCCGGACUGCCUUGGGGAUUUUGAUGACUUCAUUUUGGUUGAGACCCAGUCUGCCCACACACUGGUGAUCCCCCUGCAGGCCCGGAGGCCACCACCAGUGCUGACCUUGUCCCCGGUAUUGGACUGCGGCCACUGCCUCAUUGGAGGAGUGAAGAUAACCAGAUUCAUCUGCAAAAAUGUGGGCUUCAGCGCCGGCAAGUUCUGUGUGAUGCCCCAGAAGAGCUGGCCGCCACCAAGCUUCCGGGCUGUUGCAACCACUGGCUUUGUGGAGCAGCCUCCCUUUGGAGUCAUGCCGUCUGUGUUUGAGCUGGCCCCAGGGUUUGCCAUACUGUUGGAGGUCCUGUUCCUCCCCACUGGCCUAGGAAAGGUGGAAAAGACCUUCGUCAUCGUGUGUGACAACUGUCAGAUCAAGGAGCUGGUCAUCGUAGGGACCGGGCAGCUGGUGGCCUUGGAUCUCAUCUAUAUUUCUGGUGGAAAAAGCGAACCAGAGCCAGGAGAGCUAAAAGAUUUAACAGCUCAAUACUUUAUCCGAUUUGAGCCAGAAAACCUCCAGGCCACCUCAAGGAAACAGCUCAUCAUCAGAAAUGCUACGCACGUGGAGCUGGCUUUCCACUGGCAGAUCAUGAAGCCCAACCUGAAGCCUCUGAUGCCCGGAGAGACGCCCAGCUCGGACAGCAUCAAGUGCCACCCCGACAGGGAGACAGCAUUCUCCAUCAUCCCUGAGAAGGGCGUCCUCGAUGCCCACUCGGACCACGAGUUCAUCCUGAGUUUUUCUCCUCAUGAGCUCAAAUGUUUCCACAGUGUACUGCAAAUGGUUCUGGAAGCUGUCCCUGAGCCCUUGAGCUCAGGGGCGGAGAGCCUGGGGGACUAUUCGUACUCUGUGGAUGACGUGAUCGUCCUGGAAAUAGAGGUGAAAGGCUUGGCAGAGCCCUUCCAGGUCCUCCUAGAGCCCUACGCUCUCAUUAUUCCUGGCGAGAGCUACAUCGGCAUCACCGUGAAGAAAGAUUUUAAGAUGUGGAACAAUAGCAAGUCGCCCAUCAGAUACAUGUGGGAGAAGAUCAGCCACUGCCACAUCAUUGAAGUGGAGCCCUGCGUGGGCAUGAUAGAGCCCAACGAGGUUGGAGACUUUGAGUUAAACCUAACUGGUGGGGCGCCUGGCCCAACCAGCCAGGACCUGCAGUGUGACAUCAAAGACUCGCCCUCCCCGGUGGUGCUCCACAUCGAGGCAGCCUUUAAGGGACCUGCCCUGGUCAUCGAUGUCCCAGCCCUUCAGUUCGGUCUGCUCCGCCUGGGACAGAAGGCUUCAAGCUUCAUCCAGAUCCAGAACGUGAGCCAGCUCGAUGCUGUGUGGCAUUUGAAGGAGAGUCCAGACUGCCUGGAAGAGAGAGGAGAGGAUGUUUCCCCCUUCGACAUGGAGCCUUUAAGUGGCCAUCUUCACCCCCUGGGGGAGUGCAAAGUGACCAUCACCUUAGAGACCUUGCGUUGUCAGCGCCUGCAGACAGUGUUGGAGCUGGAGGUGAAGGACGGGGCCUGCAGCUACCUUCCUGUGUAUGCUGAGGUGCAGGAGCCUUACGUCUACUUGCAGAACAGUCACAUGGAGUUCAGCAGCCUCUACCUGGAUGUGCCCACAAAGCUAAGCGUCAUGCUUGUUAAUGGCACACUCCUGCCCACCCGGUUCCACUGGGGCAAGCUACUGGGGCCUCAAGCAGCCUUCUGCACAGUGACAAUCUCUCCUAAACGUGGCCUCCUGGGCCCCAGUGAAGAACGCCAGGUCAUCUUGGAGUUGACAGCCCACACACUGGAAAAGCUUACAGAUUUGGUCCUCCCUUGCCACGUGUCUGGCAUGGAGAAGCCACUGGCCCUGGGCAUCUCUGGGAAGCCUCUGGGAUUGCAAGUGACCAUUGCCAUCUCCGUAGAGGAGUCUGAUGGAAGUGCUGCCAGCCCUGUGCAGUGGCCAGGCCACCUGGAAGACCUCCGCUUGGACUUUGGCUCGAAUGUGCCACUGAGGACCCACGUGACUCGCCAACUCAUCCUGACGAACUGCUCCCCGAUACAGACCCCUUUUACCCUCACAUUUGAAUACUUUGGGAGCUCCCAGGACAGCCUGGACAAAAAGGCCAGUCUCCCUGACAUGCCCCCUGCCCUGCUAAAGACAGCGCGCAUCCAAGAGCACUUGGCCAAGAAAGAACAUCUGGACUUUAUGGAGAACGUGUUAUCUCACAGGAAAGGAGUUGCUUUCUUCCCCCACAUCUCCCAGGGCAUGCUGGGAGCCUACCAGGAGCUGAGUAUCAACAUCACAGGCUGUGCCAACAUGUGGGGCGAGUACUGGGAUGACCUCCUCUGCGUGGUGGGAGACCUGCCAGUAAUCGUCAUCCCCGUGUACAUGGCUGUGGUGGGUUGUCCCAUCAGCUCCCUGAGGAAUACAUGCUACAGUGUGGCCCCAUUACCCAAGGAGCCUAUCAUCAGGUUUGGGACGCAGAUCUCUGGAGGAGACACAGUCACCAGAACACUCCGUCUGUAUAACUCCAGUCCCUGUGACAUCCGCCUAGACUGGGAGACCUACAUCCCAGAAGAAAAGGAGGACCAGCUGCUGGAGCUGCUCGUGUUUUAUGGACCACCCUUCCCACUGAGGGAUCAAGCUGGGAAUGAGCUCGUGUGCCCCGAGACCUCUGAGGCCAGCUCACCAGGGUCCCCAAGUCUCUCUAACAUGUCACUGUCUAGCUAUGCUGCCACCUCAUCGGUGAGCAGGAGUACAGGUGAUGGCACCAGGGCUGAAGAGCAGAUCAUCUCAGUCAUCCUGCAGGGGCAUGAGGGAGUGCCCUCCGACAACAUAUACCAUAUCAGCCCCAGGCAGAUGGUCAUCCCAGCUGGAGGCAACAGUACCAUGUACCUCUCCUUCACACCCACGGUGCUCAGCCUUGAUGUUAUGCACAAGGUGGGGUAUACUGGCUAUGCCCUGGGCUUCAUGAGCUUGGAUAAAGAGACAGACAGAGAGGUUCCAGGUCGAAUGCAUCGUCUUCAGGGCUUUGCCGUUGGCCCCCUGAGACUAGAUUUGAACGGCCACGUGAGACACGCGCAGCUGGACGUUGAACUGGACAGCAGUGGCUACUUGGAAUUCCGGUGCCAGGCCAGCGACCUCAUCCCAAAAAAUCCCUGCAAUGGGGUGCUGAGUGAUUGGCUUACCACCCGUCAUCUGAAACUGAUCAACACCAGGGAGAUUCUGCACUACUUCCGGGUCCUGGUCUCCAGGCCUUUCUUCGUUUCUCAAGGUGGAGCCCCUCAGCAGCAGUGUGAAGAGGAGCUAGCCUCCACGGGCCAGCAGCUGAUGCUCCGCCCACAGGAGAACAUGCUGGUGGACGUAUCCUUCUUACUCUCCCUGGAACUGCUGUCCUACCAGAAGCUUCCAGAUGACCAGAUCCUACCUGGAGUGGACAUCCAGCAGAGUAAGAAUGGAGAGAAAACGAUGGUGUUUACACAGAAUCUGCUCCUGGGCUUCACCAACCAGACCAUUCAGGAGGUGCCCCUGCGGGCUGUCGUGGCUGUGCCAUCUCUGCAGCUCUCCGCCAGCUGGUUGGACUUUGGGACCUGUUUUGUGAACCAGCAGCACACCCAGGAGGUCUACCUGAUGAACCUCAGCAGCUGUCUGAGCUACUGGACAGUGCUGAUGGGACAGGAGGAACCAGCCAGGGAAGAUCAUGCCUUUGGGGUCUCCCCAGGCAGUGGGAUGCUGGAGGCCCGACCCAUCAAUGCACCCCCAACCUCCAUUCCCCUUCAGGUCUCCUUCAAUCCUAGGAGCGGCCUGCUGUACGAGUCCACGGUGGUGGUGGAAGGUACUCUGGGUGAGACGCCCUGCACCCUGAGGCUGCGAGGCCAAGGCUCUUUUGAUGAGAGAUAUGUUAAAACUCAGCAGUUCUGAGGCUCCGGGGCGUG